UCUUUUCCCAGAUGGUAUAUUCCCAUAGUCGCCGGCUGUUCGGCAGUUUUGACUGAGGAUCGAGGCAGUGGACCGCCAUGUCAAAGUCAAUUAGAUUCUAUUACGAUUUGUUGUCCCCGCCCAGCCGCGCACUCUGGUUGGCUUUAAAAUUGGGCAACAAGCCCAUUGAGUAUUGCCCCAUUGCCCUCCGCAAAUUUGAGCAAUUGACCGAUGAGUACAAGAAGAUCAAUCGAUUCCAAAAGGUGCCUGCCAUCGUGCACGGAGACUUCCACUUGGCCGAGACCAUAGCCAUCAUUCGUUAUCUCGCUGACAAAGGUCAGUUCGACGAAAGGCUCUACCCGAAGUCAGUGGAGGCCAGAGCCCGGGUGGACGAGUUCCUCGAGUGGCAGCACCUCAACAUCCGACUGGCCUGCUCCCUGUUCUUCCGCGACGUCUGGCUGUUCCCCAUCAACGGACUGGCCCCCAAACCCAAGCCGGAACAGAUUCAGAACUUGAUUGAGGGCGUGGAAUCCAACCUGAGCCUCCUGGAGCUCCUCUGGCUAGAGAAGGACUUUCUGGCGGGAACGAACCUCACCGUGGCCGAUCUUAUGGGCGCUUCGGAAAUCAAUCAACUGAAGAUCUGUCAUUACAAAGUGGAUGAGAAGAAGUUCCCGAAAGUGGCCAAGUGGUUGGAGCGGGUCAGAGAAGCCACUAAUCCAUAUCAUGACGAGGGACUCACCUUCAUUAACCACAAGGCAAAACAGGCCACUGUUGCAAAGUUGUAGGGACUGGAAUACUGCCACAAAAGAAUUGAAAGGGGCUCUCCACUCGAGGUGUUCUAAGCGUAGUUAUUAAAGCUGACUUUGUUUCUAGUUUUUUAGUUCCGAUUUGUCUGUGUUUGUACAAAGUUAACGAUAAAACUCUACUAUUUGCUAUAA